AUGACCUGGAAGCCAUCACCAGGCGCAAUCGGUCACGACGCUCUACAGCACAACUGGCAAUCACUGGGCAACAUCUACAUCUGCCUACCAUGGAACUUGCUCCCGCUAAUCUUACAGAAGCUUCAACAGGAACAGAUCACAGCAACCUCCCGGAAACGCCCCCGACAUACUGGCCAAGAACCCUCACCGGUCCCUGACAGCAUGGCGAAUAAGCGGCGCCGUCUCGAGGAUAAAGGAUGGGAUGAAGCAACCGCAUCAUUAGUACUUGACAACCCACGAGAGCAACGCAAGCAGGAACGUUACAGCAACAUCCAGGAACGGUAUAUCAGCUGGGUAAAAAACCGAGGAUUCGACCCACAACAACCUAACCCGGCUCAAUUACUCAACUGGCUCACGGCUGGCGUUCUCGUUCAGAAUUGGCAAGCAAGCACGGUCAACAACUACAAGGCGGCGAUCAUAUAUAUGUACGACGACAAGACACCCUUUCUGGACCCGGACUUCCUUUCCUACUUCAAGGCUAUCCAGGAACGGACGAUCAAGGAUAUGAAGGAGAUCGACAUUGAUCUUCGACCAAUCCUCGAUUUUUUCCGACAGCAAGGCCCCAAUGAAACCCUUGGCAUAUCCAUUCUAACCAAGAAGCCCAAGUUUGAACUGACCGAAGUAUCCUGCAAGAUCCCCGUGUUUUUUCCGAAGGAAACACGAGGUGGACAACAGAUUAUCAAGUAUCCCGCGAUCAGGAGUCACGAUGAUCCUCUCCUUUGCCCGGUACGCGCCAUCGCCGAAUACCUUCGUCGCCUGGAGGGACACGAGAUCAUGGUCCCUCACCACAAGAACAAAGAAUUUCUUUAUCGCCCUCUCAUACGUGACGUGCGAUUCCCCAAGACCCCGGUCAUCAACCAGACGAUCAGCAACCAUAUCACUGAGAUUACCGACAUGCUCAACCUGCCCAAGGACGAGACUAGACCCAAGGCCCGCGCUAUUGGUCCUACAGCGGCCAUCAAGAAGGGCGCCCGCGUUGAUGACGUGGUCGUUCACGGCAACUGGUCCUCCGACGUGAUUGUCAACAACUACUAUCGGCUGAGUCGAGCGACAGCAACCAAUUUCACGUCGUUAGUUUUGUCAUAA